ACCGAAUCCACUUCUUUUCCUCCUCCCGUCUCCUCCCCAACACGCGUUCCCCAGAAAUUCCCCACCAAAUCCCCAAACCCGAACCUAGGCGUCGCGCGAGCUCCAAUCCCCUGCCCGAUCGAUUCGAUCCCAUCUGAUCGCCGGAGAAAUCCAGACGAGGCGCCACCAUGUGGGCAGCGUCGUGCCUGGCGUCCUGCUGCGCGGCGUGCGCGUGCGAGGCGUGCCGGACGGCCGUCGGCAGCAUCGGCCGCCGCUCCGCCCGGAUCGCCUACUGCGGCCUCUUCGCGCUCUCCCUCCUCACCUCCUGGGUGCUCCGCGAGGUCGCCGCGCCCCUCCUCCAGUCCAUCCCAUGGAUUAACCACUUCCACAAGACCCCGGACCGCGAGUGGUUCGAGACCGACGCGGUGCUCAGGGUCAGCCUCGGGAACUUCCUAUUCUUCACCAUCCUUGCCGGCAUCAUGGCUGGCAUCAAGGACCAGAAGGACCCCCGCGACAAGAUCCACCACGGCGGCUGGAUGGCCAAGAUAUUCUGCUGGGCAGUCAUUGUCUUCCUCAUGUUCCUGGUCCCCAACGGCGUCGUCAGCUUCUAUGAAUCGAUAUCCAAGUUUGGAUCUGGACUGUUCCUCCUUGUUCAAGUUGUUCUUUUGUUGGACUUCGUGCAUGGAUGGAAUGAGAACUGGGUCGCCAAGGAUGAACAGUUCUGGUACAUGGCUCUGUUGGUUGUCUCAGUUGUUUGUUAUAUUGCCACAUUCUCUUUCUCGGGUCUACUCUUUCACUGGUUCACUCCAUCAGGACAGGACUGCGGGCUGAAUCUGUUCUUCAUCGUCUUCACAUUAAUGCUUGUGUUUCUAUUUGCUAUUGUUGCACUGCACCCAAAGAUCAAUGGAAGCUUGUUGCCUGCAUCAGUUAUUGCUCUCUACUGCACCUAUCUGUGCUACAGUGCACUUUCCAGUGAGCCAAGGGAUUACAAGUGCAAUGGGCUUCACAAUCACUCCAAAGCUAUGUCAACUGGUAGCCUUACAUUGGGAUUGAUAACCACCAUCCUUUCCGUGGUCUAUUCUGCUGUCCGUGCUGGCUCUUCUGCCACCGUGCUUUCGGCACCAGACUCACCACGUGCUGGUGCCGACAAGCCGUUGCUCCCCUUCAGCAAGGCAGAUGAGGAGGAAGCUAAGAAAGAUGUGCCAAAGCCAGUGACGUACUCCUACUCAUUCUUCCACCUCAUUUUCUCCCUGGCAAGCAUGUACUCAGCGAUGCUCCUGACUGGCUGGUCGACCUCAGUCGGCGAGAGUGGAAAGCUUGUUGAUGUUGGAUGGCCAUCUGUCUGGGUCAGGAUGGCAACCCAGUGGGCAACAGCUGGUCUGUUUGUCUGGUCUCUCGUAGCCCCCAUCCUGUUCCCUGAUAGGGAAUUCUAGAUCGACCGGUUAACCUGCCAAGAGUGCAUCAUCCGUUUGGAGCAUGUAGCUUAUCAAACGAGUCUGCUGCAAUACCUAAGCUGACUAUUUCUCUAUUUGGCAUGUGAUAUGUUGCGAGAAACCCUGGCAAGAAGCUGGCGUUCGUGUGAGGUCGUCGAGUCUGUCUGUUAACUAUUGUUUGGCAUUAGGCAUUGUGCCAGUAUUUGCGUGUGAAACUACGGUGUUUGAUUGUAUAUAUACUGAAGUUGGUUUACUAACUCUGUUAGAUUGAUGCA